AUGUCAAGUUACUAUAAUCCAUCAUCAGCAACAGCUUUAGUCUCUCUUGAUUCUCAACAAAUGAUGAAUUUCGCAACCGAUGCAACAACAACACACAGACGUUCUUCUACUGACGGUCCCGCGGCAAUUCUCUGGGACAUUGAGAACUGUCCUAUUCCUAGUGAUGUACGUCCUGAAGAUGUUGCUGGUAAUAUAAGAAGAGCUGUACAAUUGCAUCCUGUGAUAAACGGUCCGGUUGUUUUAUUCUCUGCUUACGGCGAUUUCAAUGCGUUUCCUCGUCGGGUUAGAGAAGGUUGUCAGAGAACCGGUGUGAAACUUGUUGAUGUACCUAAUGGUAGGAAAGAUGCAGCUGAUAAGGCUAUUUUGCUAGAUAUGUUCUUGUUUGUACUUGAUAAUCGUCCACCUUCGACUAUCAUUCUUAUAACGGGAGAUGUCGAUUUCGCUCCCGCGCUUCAUGUACUAGGCCAACGUGGGUACACUGUGAUUGUUGUUAUACCUUCUGGUGUGUUUGUGAAUUCAGCUUUGUCUAGUGCUGGUAGGUUUCUUUGGGACUGGCAAAGUAUUGUUCAUGGUGAAGGCUAUAUGCCAUUACCAAAACCUCUGCCUCCUCCUCCUCGUGUUGGGCCGUAUCUAAUGGGAUGCGGUGUGAAUGAAAAUAGUAACCUUGAUGGGAUGAAUGAUGAAGAAACAAUUGUCUAUAGAGGUGUAUCGCAGAGCUGUUAUAGUAACUCAAGAGAAACCUCCUCCUUGAUGGUAUCGCAGUUUCACAAUCAGUAUAGUAGCAGCACAAUGUCACGUUGGCCAGUUAGUUCAGGCGAGACUUCAACGUACCCUCCUCCUGGUCACCUUGAGUCUACCAUGUGGGUAGUGCCAGGAGAUGUAAACGGUCUCAAGGGACAGCUAGUGAAGCUUCUGGAACUUUCUGGUGGAUUUAUGCCUCUCGUGCGUGUUCCUUCCGAAUACCAAAGAAAUUUCAGUAAACCGCUUUUUGUACAAGACUACGGUGCGCCUAAGCUUGUGGAUCUUUUGAAGAAGAUGGGUGAUGUGAUUGCAGUGGAUGGUAAAGGGAACAAGAGAUUUGUUUAUCUUCGGAGCUCCAAACCAAACCUCGUCUCUCCCUCGCCCUCUCCCCCUGUUGUUCUACUCAGAAGAGAGAAUAAAGGAAAAGCUGCCACCAAAGAAAUUACUACCAAUGGAGGAGGGGUCUCCUCUGAUGAACUGUCAGACACAGGCUCGGCUCAGAGCGAAAGGAACCUGGAAGAGUUCAAGCUCGAGCUGCAAGAUAUUUUGGUGUGCUAUAGUUGUCAGAUACAGAUUGAUUAUUUUGAGGCAAUAUACAAGCGAAGGUAUAAGAGGCCAUUGGACUACAAAAAGAUGGGAGUGAAUCAAUUGGAGCAGCUCUUUGGUAAGUUCAGGGAUGUUGUUGCCAUAUAUGAAGAUCCUGCUACAGGUACCAAACUCAUCAACGCGCUUUAG